CAGUAUGACUGUAGCCAGUAGGAGGGACUUGAUGCUCCAACUUCUCAUUUUGCGUCUCUCCGCUCUCCAGCCAGUCGUCCUGGUCCUGCUCGGAGAGAGAUAGGCGACGACGGGCGUCAGCAGCGCCGCAUUUCGUGGGAACACAACGCAUCUGAGGCUGACCGAGCGAGUGGAAGAUUUUUUCUCUGACGCGCAAGGACACUACAGCAUCCAUCCACGGCAGGAACGCUCACACAGAGCAUCCUCUGUACAGGCGCACCAGCCGUCCUCCUUCCUUCCUCUCUACCUUCCUCCCACUCUUCUUCUCUCCUCUCUCUUUUUUUCUUUUUUCUGUUGGAACCCAGAGGAUAUCGGGAACCCUUCUACCUACCCCCCCUCCACCCACCCACACACCCACUUUUGCCCCGGAGACAUGGAUCUAUGGUUUCAUUCGAUCCGGAUUCGCUGGUGGAGGAUUUUGCUUUUGAUGAGUGUUUUCCAGGACUAUCUGAGCUCCAUGCUGGACUGCCCGCCGACCUGCAGCUGCUCUCAAACAGAGAUCUAUUGCAAUAAGUCCGACAAUGGCAGGUUUUUCCCGUUGCUCGCCCUGCAAGACACUGGGAGCAAUGGGACCAGCGUGGAUAUUGCGGACUUAUUCAAAAACAUCACCUCUAUACACAUAGAGAACUGGACAGGAUUGCAGACUCUGAGAGACGUCGAUAUGGAGCUCUACACUGGAAUACAGAGACUGACCAUCAUGAAUUGUAAUCUGAGGGUGAUCCAGCCUCGAGCGUUUGCUCAGAACCCACACCUACGCUACAUAAACCUGUCGAAAAAUCCGCUAACCACCCUGUCAUGGCAGCUCUUCCAGCACCUCCAACUCUCCGAGCUACGUCUGGACGGAGUUGUAUUUGACUGUGGCUGUAGCAUCCGCUGGAUCCAGCUGUGGCAGCAGAGGGGAGAGGCGGGGCUUCACACGCAGCAGCUGUACUGCAGGAACGGAGCCUCGAAGAUGCGGCUGCACAACAUGUACAUCAACAACUGUGACUUACCGGAGAUCAGCGUGAGCCACAGCAGUGUGUUGGUGACGGAGGGUGAAAAUGUGACGGUGAGCUGCAACGGAUCCGGAUCCCCGCUGCCUGAAGUGGACUGGACUGUCAGUGGCCUGCAUUCCAUCAACACCCACCUGUCGAAUGUUUAUUGGCCGAACAUCCACUCAAUCAACCUGACUCUGUUUAACAUCAGCCGAGAUGACAACAACUUCCAGCUUACCUGCAUCGCAGAGAACUUGGUGGGGAUGACCAACUCGUCGAUCCAGCUAAAUGUGCAGUUUCCACCAGUAAUCUUGAGACUGGCUGAGCCUGAGCAACGCCUUGACACUUGCAUCGAAUUCACAGUUCGUGGUUACCCACACCCCAAACUGCGUUGGUUCCACAAACAGAAGGAGAUCCAACAAAAUGACUAUAUUCGAACUGACAUGGACUUCUACCAAGACUAUUUGGAGGGUUGUCUGACGUUUCAAAACCCAACCCACAUCAAUAAUGGCAAUUAUACUUUGGAGGCCAGCAACCCUUUGGGAACGGUCACCAAGACAGUAUAUGGUCACUUCCUUAUAGAACCUGAUGAUAUUGAUGAGAACUCUGAGGGUGAUACAGGCCGACCAGAAGAAGACACAUUUGGGGUGACAAUUGCUGUGGGUCUAGCAGGCUUCGCUUGCGUCCUCCUCCUCGUUCUUUUUGUUCUUAUCAACAAGUACGGCAGACGCUCCAAAUUCGGUAUGAAAGGUCCUGUUGCCGUUAUCAGUGGUGAAGAAGACUCUGCCAGCCCUCUUCAUCACGUCAAUCAUGGGAUCAUUACCCCGUGUACUCUGGAUGCGGGACCUGACGCAGUCGUGAUAGGGAUGACCCGCAUACCUGUGGUAGAAAAUCCCCAAUACUUCAGGCACGGACACAACUGCAACAAGCCAACCACUCUCGUCCAGCAUAUAAAGCGGAGGGACAUCAUCCUGAAGAGGGAGCUGGGUGAAGGGGCGUUUGGUAAAGUCUUCUUGGCAGAGUGCUACAACCUGAGUCCCACCAAGGACAAGAUGCUGGUGGCUGUCAAGACACUGAAAGAUCCCAACCUGUCAGCCAGGAAGGACUUCCAGCGGGAAGCUGAGCUGCUGACCAACCUGCAACAUGACCACAUUGUUAAAUUUUAUGGCGUGUGCGUAGACGGGGACCCACUCAUCAUGGUGUUCGAGUACAUGAAGCAUGGAGACCUGAACAAAUUCCUAAGAGCCCAUGGCCCCGAUGCCAUGAUCCUGGUGGACGGCCAGCCGCUGCAGUCCAACGGGGAGCUGGGCCUGUCGCAGAUGCUGCACAUUGCUACCCAGAUCGCCUCAGGCAUGGUCUACCUGGCCUCCCAACACUUUGUGCACAGAGAUCUGGCAACCCGCAACUGUCUGGUGGGGAACGGCCUGCUGGUCAAGAUCGGAGACUUCGGCAUGUCCAGGGACAUCUACAGCAGCGACUACUACAGGGUUGGAGGACACACCAUGCUACCUAUUCGCUGGAUGCCCCCAGAGAGCAUCAUGUACAGGAAGUUCUCCACGGAAAGUGACGUGUGGAGCUUUGGGGUCAUCCUGUGGGAGAUCUUUACCUAUGGGAAGCAGCCUUGGUUUCAGCUGGGUAACAAUGAGGUUAUUGAGUGCAUAACCCAGGGUCGGGUGCUGGAAAGGCCACGGAUUUGUCCCAAGGAGGUGUACGACAUCAUGCUGGGCUGCUGGCAGAGGGAACCGCAGCAGCGACUGAACAUUAAGGACAUUCAGAAGGUCCUGUUUGCCAUGGGGAAAGCCACCCCAGUCUACUUGGAUAUCCUGGGCUAGCAGCAGCCCCCUGGGUGGCCCCGUUCCCCAACAGACGGAAAGAUCGACAGAGACAAAAUGAGAUAGAGCGCCCCACAUGAAUCCAGGAAUAACCAAACCAACCUGAUCCACUGUCGAAAAACACCUGCUUUGUUUGGGAGGGACAUAAGUGCCUGCAACACUUUUGGAUAUAGUGGAUAAAACAUAUAAAAAAAAAAAAAAAAAAAAGCACUUUUACAUUUUGUUUACUUGCGUAUAAGAUGUACAUGUUUGAAGAAGACUUUUCUUCCCUCGAAAAACUGCUAAAAUACACAAACAUGGAGAAAAGGGACUCGGCUGGCAAUGGGAUAAUGCCUACAGCUUGAUAUAAUGGAAAGAAUACAUCAGAGUUUAAAAUCUAUCCUGGGUUUGGUUUUAUGAAUAUAUAUAGAAAUAAUACAUAUAUUUUAUAUUUAUUUCUUUUUCAAAGUCUGUCAAGGUGUUAAGGGGUCUGCCAUUUUUGUUGCUAAGGGCUUGGCCCUGUCUGAAGUUGCCACCAACAAACUACUGGCAGGGACUUAAAAUGAGGAAGCCUUACAUGCUCUCUGAUUGGCUGGCUCUGAGCUUUCAAAGGGAACUGUGGAAUAACACGGGAUAGUUGGAGAAGGGCUGUGCUCUGUAGAGGACCUUUCCAAUCAGACAACUGACAAAUCUAUUUUAAUUUAAACAAUAAUGUACAUAUUGUAAAAUUCUAUGUGUCAGAAUUAUGUUAACUUAUUUUUUCCGAUGUUACUUUGGUUCCUUUCCAGACUGUAAUCUGGUUGACUAAAGUAUUAAGCUAUGGUCUUUGUUUCAUCCUAUUUCAGUAGAGAUUUCUCUUGGGGAUUUACCCACAUUGAUGCUGGUUAAGUUGUUGAAUGUGGUGAAGGUGAACGACUGUGAAUCCAGUUCAAACAGCCCACUGACACUGAAUCACAGACUGUGGAGAGUGUGGGAUGACUCAGAGCCAUGGUUCAACAUACCGGAGGUGCUUAUGCCUCGCUUUCCACUUCAUUUGCUUUUUAUAGCAAGAAUAAUGAGUUGAUACGUAAUCUGCCAUGCCACACCCCUUAAACACAAACACACACUUUGUCACUUUCAAGCUUAUUGGUGUGAAUCUGCUAAAGAAAAGAUUUUUAUAGUACCAAGCAUUUUCAUCAUUUGUUAUCAUUGCAGCUGUUUUGCCUCUUUAAAGGUGUAGUUUGAUGUUUUGUGAAAUAUGACUAUUUGCUUUCUUACUGUAAAGUCCUUAACAAUGCACCUUUGGGCUGUACCCAGAAAUCAGUCAAGUUAGCUUACAUAAAAUCAGUAACAGGAGAACCAGGCCAAUCUGUGAAACUAGCUGUACCACAUUCAGAAGUACAUGAAUAGCAAUAUUCCAAAUAAUUUAGAGCUUCUUCCUACAGUAGGAUUUAGAAUUUUAAAAUGUUUUCAAGACAAAAUAGUUUUUCUGCCUUUUUACAAAAACCUGCCAUUCACUCAAGUAUUUCUUUUUUUUUUUGUUGUUGCAAAUUUAAGGAAAUUAGAUUUUUCUAAUCUAUUGAUUUAAUCUAAAUGGUGAUUUAAAUUUCAAAGCUUGAUAGAAUUAAGGUACAGUCUGAGCUUUGUUCAAACCAACCCCACACAUAAAGAAUAUAAAUAUUUUAAUCAGUAUUUUUUCAGUAUCUAAAUUUCUAGUUCAAAGAGUCAUGUGAAAUGCCCCCUGGAGGAGAAACUUCAACUUGAAAACUUGGGGUUUCCCACAGACCAGACCUUCUUAAUCCAUCAUGUCAAAUAUAAAAUACUGCAUAGCAGCAGUAAUAACCUGUAAUGUUUUCUUUUUUGUCUUUCUGAUCAUUUGUCUCACAUUAAAUCAGAUGCUUGAUAGGGUGCUGUACAAAGUUUGGUGGUGAAUGCAUUACUGCAGAAAUACAGGGGUUGGACAAUGAAACUGAAACACCUGUAAUUUUAGUGUGGGAUGUUUCAUGGCUAAAUUGGACCAGCCUGGUAGCCAGUCUUCAUUGAUUGCACAUUGCACCAGUAAGGGCAAAG